AUGGCAGAACGAAAAUCCGCCUACGGCGCUCCAGCCUCUGACACAGACUUUCGUCGAACAUGGGACCGAGAAGCUUACGCAGCCAAGGCCAAAGCUGAAGAUGAGAAGCGAAAGGAGGAGUCCAAAGCCCGAUACGAGGCGAAACUGGAAGGAAAGAAAUGGCACAAACAUGUCGACAUGUCAGAACUGGACACGACAUCGGCUCGCAGUUCACGUCUAGACAUUGCCAGCAUGGUCGGUAAGACGACAAUCAUUCCCGCAAGUGCUGGUGUGGGUAGAAGGGGAAAAGGUGCAGGCUUCUACUGUGAGGCUUGUGACUUGACAUACAAGGACAACGUGCAGUACAUUGAGCAUUUGAACUCCAAACAGCAUCUGAUUAAUACUGGGCAAAGUGGAGAGGUCAAAAGAGCUACCCUGCAAGACGUCAAGGAUAGGAUAGAGUUGUUGAAGGCGAGAAAGAGACAAAGAGAGGAAGAGGAGAGAAAGCUGGGUGAGCUAGACAUUGGUGCUAGGAUUCAAAAAGCUGAAGAGGUCGAGAUGGCCGAGAGGGACGAAAAGAGGAGAAAGCGCAAUGAGAAGAGACGGAAGGGAGGUAUCAAGCAGGAGGACGAUUGGGAGGGCAGGUUGGGGGUGAUUGCGUGA